AUGGCGACUACGCAAGAGAUGCAGAAGAGUGAGAAGACGGGGCAGGAGAACGCAGAAGGCGAUUCAUCGUCGCUGCCCACGGAGCAAGAUACCGACACUGCUGCCGCCGAGGCCGCCAUGGCCGACAAGCACAAGACAGGAAUAGACGGGCCAGUCACUGCCUCAGACGUGGAAAAGGCCGCGCCCACAACGGCUGUUGGUGAAGACGACCAGUGGUCGGUAUGGUCGACCCGAGGGAAACGCACCAUCAUUUUCUCGGCCUCCUUCGCCUCGCUCUUGUCACCACUUUCCAGCAACAUCUACUUCCCAGCUCUUGAGCCCAUCGCAAGAGACUUGCACGUCUCCAACACCCUGGUCAACCUGUCCAUCUCGACCUACAUCAUCCUCCAAGGCAUCGCUCCGACAUUCUCGGCUCAACUGUCCGAUACCUCCGGACGUAGGCCAAUUUACUUGGUCUGUCUCAUCCUCUUCCUUGCCGCAAACAUUGGCCUGGCCGUGCAAGACAGCUAUGCGGCCCUGCUGGUCCUGCGAUGUGUCCAAAGUGCAGGCAGCAGUGGUAUAGCAGCCCUGUCCAAUGCAGUAGCCGCAGACGUCGCGACGCCAGCCGAGCGAGGGAGUUACGUCUCGUUUGCGUCCGCCCUCCCCAUGCUCGCCACGGCUAUUGGACCCGUCAUCGGUGGACUGAUGGCCCAAUUUGCCGGAUGGCAUUCGAUCUUCUGGCUUCUCACCGCGCUGGCUGGCGUCGUCACCAUUCCGAUAGCCCUCUUCUUCCCCGAGACCUGUCGCAAGGUUGUCGGCAGCGGCGCUAUUCCACCGCCCAGAUGGGAUAGAUGCUACAUCAACGUGUGGUACGAACGACGAACUAUAAGUCAGGGCAAAGAGGUCCCGUACGGGCAGCGUGAUGAUCUGGCCAGGGCGCGAAAGCUAAGAUUCCCGAAUCCUUUAGGCCCAAUCACACUCCUCCUCCAGCGGGAGUGCGGGUGGGCUCUGCUGUACAGCUCCAUCCUGGCCUGCUCAUUCUAUGCUACCCUCGCCUUGAUCCCGUCACAGUUUGGCAGGAUAUACAGUUUCAACGAGCUGCAGAUUUCCCUCUGCUAUCUCCCGUUCGGGAUCGGUGCUCUCGCUGCAGCCUUCAGCCGCGGCAAGUUCAUCGAUGCGAACUUUCACCGCCACGCGAGGCGCCUCCGGAUUACCGUCGAAAAGAACCGCCGGACCGACCUGACCGGGUUCCCCAUCGAGCGUGCAAGGCUCGAGGUCGCAGUACCGACGAUCGUCUUGACCACCGCGUGCACCAUCGCGGUCGGCUGGAUGCUGCAAAAAUCUGUCCACCUAUCAGGCCCGCUGAUCAUGCUAUUCUGCAUUGGGUAUUGUGCGUCGGCAUCUCUAAACUGCAUCGCGGCGCUGUUGCUGGACCUCUAUGUGGGGAGGGCGGGCACCGUGACCGCGUCGAACAACCUACUGAGGUGCCUCCUGGGGGCUGGCGCGACUGCUGCCACGGUGCCCAUGAUCGAUGGUGUCGGGAUUGGCUGGGCGAUGACGAUAUUCGGCCUGUUGAACACCGUCUUCAUGCCGCUGCUGUGGUAUAUCAUGAAGCAAGGUCCAAAAUGGCGAGAGCGAAGAGCGGCGAAGACGUCAUAG